AUGGCAGCGGCCCACAGCGCGCGCCGGUCGGGCCUGCGGCUGGCCGAGCGAAGCUCCACUCUGCUUCUGCGAGGCGCCUGGGCAGGUUGGCAAAGCGGCCGUCUUCUACUCCGGGCUGAGCUCCGGCUCCGCGACACCGAGCGCGCGGCCGCGGAACUCCAGCGCUUGCGGGGUGAGAAGAUGAUCGUAUGGCAUCUGAUCUCAGGGCUCCGGCCGCUGCUGCACCGGGGCCUUCUGGCCUGGGCUCGGGUGGCCAACCAGAAAGGCGCGAGAAACAAGGCGGCGAUGGCCCUCCUUUCAGGUUCGAAUCGCGGGAUCCAAGCCGGCUGCUUCUCAGCCUGGCGCGGCAGGCUCUUCGCGUGGCGGCGGGCUUUGUGCCUGGCACGCGCCACGCUGCAGAAGCCGACCCAGGAGCUCCUGCGCUCCACAUUGGCAGCCUGGGUCGAGGCACGCCAAUGGCAGGAGGGGCAUCGCCGUGCGAAGGUGGAUCUGCGAGGGAGGGUGGCAGACGUAGCCGAUUGGCAUGUCUCCAGGAACCAGAGUCUCCACCUACUCGGCCGCACCUUCUGGGCCUGGCAGGGGCGAGGUCGGGCUCAUCAGGCGGCGACUGCUGCCCUUCAAGCCCUGCUCCUACAGCGCCAGCAGAAUGUCGCCGCGGCGAUCUUUACGCUCUGGCAUCGGCUCCUCCAAAAUGCAGCCGGCAUGCGGGCCCUCAGCAUCGUGGAGGCCGCGGCGGUGUUUUCGGAGUGGCACAGAGCCACCUCCUCCGUGCAGAAGUGGCGGCUGAUCCAGGACCGCAAAACGCGCGUAGCCGAUUUCCGAGAUCGGAGCCUGCGGCUGAUAGACCGACGAGGCAGCGGGCAGUGCCCCGCGCUGCUCCAAUCGGCACUCCUCGCUUGGGCGAAGAUCACCUGUGGCCGCAAAGCUGCUGUGCGAGCGGCUGCCGCGCUCACUGCCGCAGCCACGGCGCUGCUCUUGGGGCAGGUCCUCUUCCGCUGGUGCGAGCUCUGCGCUCUCAUCCGCCGGGCCGUGAACGACCGCGAGCGGGCGCAGACGGAAGGAGACCUCGAGGCGCGCGGCUCCAGCGCUUCGCAAGUCCUUGCGGCGCAGCGCUCCCGCGCGCUGCGGGCGCAGGCCUUCCUUGCUUGGGCCACGCGUCGCCGGCCCCAGCGGUCGCUGUUGGCCACCUGGGCCCCGCGAAGGGCGGAACGCAGCCUGCGCGGAAGGCUCUUCAUGUCCUGGCGGAUAUGGGCCUCCCGGCUCAAGUCUGGGCGCCGGAUUGCAGCGGCCAAGGCCCUGGGAGGCGAGGCCUCGUUGGCGCACGCCGCCUUUGCUGCGCUGCGCGGUGCUGCUGCACAGGGCCGCGUGACGGCCGUGGAGGAGCUCGCCAGCUCACAGCUUACGGGGCUCGUCGACUGGCAGGGUCUCCUGGUCCUCUGGUCCUCUGGCCUUCUGGUCCCGUGGUUUCCCGGUCCCGUGGCCUUGCCAGCCGAUGCCAAAGCAACCAUAGUUGGCACGAUGCAGUGGUUGCAGGGCGCUCCGGCCGAGAAUGAGUGGCGCAGAGUGAUAUCGCGCGUCUCGAUGUGA